GACCUUGCCUGCUGGCGCCGGACGAAAGUAAGACUCUCGUCGUCUGGCACAGCAACGACUCAAUAAAUGCUUUAGCACACAAUCAAAGUGUUUUUGCAUGAUGUUUAACCAUAAGCUGUGGCACCGGUUUAUGACCGUUAACAGACUCCUCCAGUAUAUAAGGUUGUCCAAACAACUUAAUUUUUCAUAUUUUGUGCAACACUAUCUUGCUGAAAUGAAAGAAACCGGCCCGUGUUGUUACAUUCUGCUCAUUUUAAUUUUUCCGCCAAUCGCCGUCUACGUGAAAGAGGAAAGAUGCUCUCUGUCAGUUUGGCUCAACCUUUGUUUCUGCAUCCUCUGCUGGUUUCCGGGGGUGCUUCAUGCUAUAGUCGUCUGUUUCUGCUUGAAUUAUUUAUUUUAUUUACUUACUAUCAAGAAAUGAAUUCUUGAGAUUAAUUUAUUUAGAAGAAUAUAAUACUGAAUUACAAUUAAAGAGAAGAAAAGGGGAAGAUAGCGGUCUACAUCUAGAAAGGAAGCAUUGGUAUUAUAUAAUAUAAUAUAAAAGAAGGAACUUAUAUAGAUUAUCUCAGACCACAGGAUAUGUAGUUGCUGACUAACAUUUCACUGCUAAUGUGUAAGCGGCCACUGAUUGAAUAUUGUGGGAGAAUUAAAAUUUGGACUCUGAAUGAAAUUGCUUCAUAAUAAAGCAAAAAGUUAUCCAAAUUUCUAUAUUUAUCAUGUUUUUGGAUACUGUAGUUAAAAGACAUGAAAUCUCAAUCUCAGUUAUUUUAUAUUUUUAAUGGCAAACAAGAAGAGUACGAGUAGCUGCUAUGAAAAGCCAAUCGCUCAGAAAUUAUUUUAUGGAUUAGCUGACCAUCCAAAUCACGGUGUAUUUUCGUCGAUUCUGAAGAAAAAGAAUCGCUUGUUUUCGAUGACUGAUGACGUGAAGAAGCUUUGCAAUCAAGUUGAAGCUUAUAAAGAAGCCGCAGAUCGACUUCAUCAGGCACUGAUUCAAAUGUUCGUUGAGAAUCAGGAACUUAUGAAAGCUGAUACGAAUUAUCAGUACGCUGGGCAGUAUCUAAAGACGUAUCAGGCGAUAAAUCAGAAAGGAAGAAAGUUGGGUACGAAGGUUGACCCCAAAGAAAUGGAUAGCUUAGAACCGGCUAUCCAAACCUUGCUCAAUCUGGAUUCCAUACAAGCAAAGCAAGUCCAAAGGCAUCUGGAAAACUUGUCGGCGUUGACAAAAUUCAUUGGCGUCGACUAUUGGGAGUACGCAAGGCUUCGAAAGAUUUAUUGGCUCUCGCUGGAAACCUACGACGACGCAAUCAGUCAGCAGAAUAAGGAGCGAACGGAGCAAGCCGAACUCGCGGCGGGAAAUGCUCAGACAUGGAGGAAUGAGUGCAGACAGAAGGUUAUUGACUUUAUCAAUAAGUCGAUUAAUGAGCAGAAGGGGAAACACGCGGAUGCAGUUUUGAAGUUUCGUGACGAUUCAAUUCUCUUCCACAAAUCCAUUGCUGAAGCUAUCCCAAUAUUUGAUGAUAGAGCACUGCCAAAGAGUAAAGAAAAGCCAUUGAAAUCCAAAUGAAACUUGUCCGAAUAAAGAAUUAUGUGAUU